AUAGUCGGUUUCUAUUUCAGAGACAGAAUACAUUUUUUCAUUAAUUAUAUAUAGAAAGCUUCUUACUUCUUUGAGAUGAAGCGUAUACUUCAUUGUUCCCCUGAGUCAGCCCCUAUGUAUGUAGCACGAUGCAUGAAAUUCACACAAAAUUAGAACAAGAUUGAUUAAAAUAAAAUAGAUGGUUAAAAAAAAUAAAGUACAACUAUAAUUGAGGAACUCGUCAGGGUAUUUCUAGAACCACAGAGAAUUGUUAUUUAACUAUUAAUUGUCGGGUUGCCAGCUGCUGAAAUCACCUAGACUUCCUUUAAGAGAUGAAGCCACAAGAUCUAUAUAGUAGUGAAGCUCAAAACAGUGGAACACAGUUGGUACAAUGCUGGCUUUGUCCCUCCUGCUCUUGGUUCUUCCUUUAGUAAUGGCAGAUGUGUAUUAUAAUGGCACUCUGGAUUCUGAAUGGGAGAUCUGGAAGACGACUUACCACAAGCAAUAUAACAAUAAGAUGCAUGAAUUUAUGAGACGUGUCAUCUGGGAGAAAAAUUUCCAAACAAUCAGGGCACAUAAUCUAGAAUAUGCUCAGGGGCUUCACGCCUAUAAACUUGCCAUGAAUAAAUUUGGAGAUAUGGCCAGUGAGGAGCUUGUAACAAAGAUGAUGGGAGUGAAGGUCCAUACAGGAAUUGGGACCACACACAUCCCAUGGGAUAAGAACGAGGAAUCUCAUACUAUCCCUGACUCUAUCGACUACAGACAAAAAGGUUAUGUCACCUCGGUCAAAGACCAGGGUGCCUGCCAUUCUGACUGGGCUUUAAGUUCAGUUGGGGCUUUGGAAGGACAGUUGAUGAAGACAACUGGAAAACUGGUGGAACUCAGCCCUCAAAACCUGAUUGAUUGUGUUGAAGACAAUGAUGGAUGUGAUGGAGGCAAAAUGACCACUGCUUUUGAGUAUGUUAAGAUAAACAAAGGGAUAGACUCAGAGGAAGCUUAUCCUUAUGCAGAACAGGAACAGAAAUGUAUGUAUAAUGUAUCCAGCAAAGCAGCCGAGAUUAAAGAUUUCAAAGAAGUCCAAAAGGGCAACGAAAAAGCAUUGAUGGAAGCAGUGGGAUCAGUAGGGCCAGUCUCUGUGCGUAUUAGUGCCGUCUCUUUCAACUUUUUCUUCUACGAUAAAGGUAUUUACUAUGAAGAGGAUUGCGACCCUGACGUUUUGAAUCUAGCUGUUCUUAUUGUGGGCUAUGGAGUUGACAUAGAGGGAAAAUACUGGAUUGUUAAGAAUUGCUGGGGAGAAGAUUGGGGAGAGAAAGGUUACAUUCUAAUGGCCAAAGAUGAGGGAAAUCACUGUGGCAUUGCAAAUAUGGCCAGUUAUCCAAUCAUGUGAUUGCCGCCUGGUGGGCCAUGAGGAGGAUGUUCUCCAUUGAAUUGAAGUCAGCGCUUAGACUAGUCUAUACGCUUCUCUGCUUCCCCAUAAGUUUUGCAUAUUUGUUCAUGUAAUAAUUUCAUGUUUGUUCACAUUUCUUGUAAUAAACUCUAUCUGGUAUUUUA